AUGAGAGACGAAAAGCAACCGACACCACGAACGAAGACGAGUGAUACUAACAAAGGGACGACGAUUCAGACGACGACGCUUCGCUCGCACCCGGUGGUAGCAUCGUCCUCCUCUUCGGUGCUCGUCAAACCGUUACCGCCGACGCCGGUGAAACGAGCGCGACGACCUCUUCUUAAAGAUGAUGAUGAUGAUUCGAAAGAUUUUUACGGAUUUCGUCGGCACGAUUUCCGGUUCGCGCCCGUGAAAGACGACGACGAAGAAAAGAAGACGACCGAGAGAACGAAAGAGCGAGAUCAUCUCAACGCGUGCUGGGAGACGAACGAGCUCGCGCGAUGCGCGCGCGAUAUUUCUAUCGCCACUUUUGCGUCCGAAGCAGCGGCAUCAGACGACGACGACUUUCUCUACGGCAAGCGAUGGAAGAAAGCAGUCAAAGCGAGAAAAGGAAAACUGUUGGAAAAAACGGUGAGAACGUUCGGCGCGCCGAAAGAAAAGAGAGGAGAGAUUUGGUACGAACUCAGCGGGGCGAGACAGUUUGCGGAUAUGGCGAAAGAGAGUUACGAGAGGUUAGUGGAACGCGCGGAGGAGGAAGAUGGGAGAGAAAUGCUUUCGGCGUCAAAGGCGUCGUCGUCCUCGUUUCGCGGCGGUUCGAAACAGAAGAAGAAGAACGGGAGGAAGACGACGAAGAGCGACGAGGAUGAUGAUGAUGAUGAUGACGACGACGACGACGACGACACGACGAUCAAUGUCCACCGCGACGGUUCUGAGAGAUCUAAGUCUGAGAAGAAACGCGCGAAAGAGGAGUGGGCGAUGCAAAUCGAUUUAGACGUCGAUCGAACGUUUCCCGAGAAUGACAUUUUUCGGACGCACGGGAAGGAGGCGCUGAGAAGAAUUUUAAGAGCGUAUUCCAGGAGGAAUCCAAAAACUGGGUACUGCCAGGGGAUGAACUAUAUCGCCGCGUUCAUAUGGCUGGCGGUAAGGAAUUCAGAUUCGUUCAACGCGAGUAGCAGUAGCAGUAAUAAUAGUAGAAGCGAAGCAGAUGACGACGACAAAAAAGACGAGGAAGCGAUUGAGAAAACUGCCUUCUGGAUCUUCACCGCCGCUUUAGACGGCCACGCGUUGUGCCGCGAAAUACACGCCCGAGAUUUACGUGGCACCGUCCGCGAAUUUGGAGUCCUUCACUCCAUCCUUACCUGGCGUAACAAACGACUCAGUCGCUACCUCGAUGACAUCGGCGUCGAUUUCGCCUGUUGCGAACCCAGAUGGCUCGUAUGCGUCUUUCUCGAAUCCUUCCCGUCCGAAACCGUCGCGCGCAUAUUCGACUCCUUAUUCGCCAACGGCUUCAAAGUCUGGCACCGCGUCGCCGUCUCCCAAAUCCUCAAGUGCGAAAAGGAAAUCCUCAAGUGUCAAUCGUUGCCAGAAGUCGCCGGGUGCAUUCGCGCGCAGUUGGAACGCAGCGACGACGCCGAAGAAGUCAUGGAAAGAGCGUUUGCGCUGAGGAAUUUUCGAAGCGGGAAAAUCGCGCAGUUGCGCAGAAAAGUCGUCCAAAAAUUAGACCAGGAAAGAGAGCAGAGGUUCAACACUACGAACAGCGCAGGAGGCAGAAGGUAA